UGAUACGCGCAACCGCUGCCGCCUGCGCGGGCGCCGACUGUGUACAUUCGAUAACAUGGUGUUUAUUUAUUAACAUAAUUUGAACAAAAUCUAGUAAGUUCCAUGUGUAGAGUCCUGCAGGACGCACGUAUCCUUCGCUUAAAAUCUAACAAUAAAAACAAUAUGAAUAAAGACGAGGAUAUAUCAGAAAGUACAAGAUUAUUAUUAGAUGAACGGACUGGCAGUGAUUCGAACAGAGUUCCUUCUUAUAAUACGAUUGUUUUUGAUGCUAAAAUGAUGAAGACUUCAACCCAAGAGGAGUUCGCAGCCACGUGGGGCGGAAGACGAGGCUUGCUCGAUUCCGGUAAUGGCAGACUAAGACGGGUGCAGUCGUGGUCGGGACUACCACCUGAUGAUGUUAGCUCGGAGAUAAGAAUACUGAGGGAACGAUUGGUCCGUACUCAAACUCGGCUCCGUCCCGGCGCCGUGCGCCAUUUGUCCCGCCGGCAGAGAAUGACCCUCGUGUCCCUCGCGCUGGUGGACUUCAUGAGCUUCUGCUCUAUGAGCAUCAUGGCGCCCUUCUUCCCUCGCGAAGCAAGUUUGAAGGGCCUUUCAGACACAGUCUGCGGAUUGGUGUUCAGUUUCUAUGCUAUUGUCAUGUUUAUAACUUCUCCACUGUUUGGAAAAUUCUUGCCAGUGGUGGGUGCCAAGUUUCUCUUUACUGCUGGUAUGUUCGUAGCAGGGGCGUGCAAUGUUAUAUUUGGCUUCUUAGCUUUAAUAGAUAACACAGCGACAUUCACAACACUGUGUUUCGUAGUGCGAGGACUAGAAGCUCUAGGCGCGAGCGCAUACUCUACGGCGAGCUAUGUGUUCGUCGUGAAUGCCUUUCCGGACAGCAUUGGCUCUGUGCUUGGCAUUUUGGAGACAUUUGUUGGCCUUGGCAUGUCUGUUGGCCCUGCUAUUGGAGGAUUACUGUAUUCGAUCGGGGGCUUCGGUUUACCAUUUUAUGGUCUUGGUAUUGUAAUGGUGUUGACCGUUCCCAUCAACUAUUUCCUAUUAAUAGACUGUGAAGAAUACGUAUCCGGCUCAAAAACUGGUUCGAUUCUACGUCUUUUCAAGAUCCCAUCAAUAAUAAUUACCGGGCUUGUUAUAGUCAUCGUGUCCAACACUUGGGCGUUCUUGGACCCUACCCUGGAGCCCCACUUACGACAAUUCGGGCUAUCGACUAAUCAAAUAGGCUUGAUAUUUUUAUUGUUCUCGAGUCUGUACGGAAUCUUUAGUCCUAUUUGGGGAUGGGUGGCGGACCGCGUCCACAAUCACUGGUGUAUGAUGGUGUGGGGUCUUUUCUUAUCUUCGGUAGGGCUUCUACUGCUGGGUCCGUGUCCAUUCAUUCCUGGACUGCCCAGCGAUCUAUGGUUAGAUCUAGUGGCACUCUCCAUCCUCGGAAUUUCCGUGGCUCUCACUUUGUUGCCCACUUUCCAAGGGGUCCUGACUAGUUCUAUUUACGAAGGCGGUUGCCCUGAGGCGCUAGCAACAUACAGCGCCGUGGCCGGCGUGUGGUCAUGCUGCUACUCGCUUGGCGAGGUAUUGGGACCAGCCUUGGGUGGAGCAUUGGCACAGCAAUACGGGUUCCCCUUGUGCGCUACAUUGUGCGCCGCUGCUUGCUUUACUAUGGCAGUACUGACGCUAACGUUCUUCUCCCUUCGUGAGUCGUCGAAGUUCCUCGAAUCGGAGUCUUUGUCGGACUCGAUCCCAUACACAGACACGACAUGGAACAGCGAGCACUUUUUGCGAACUCGCAGCGCGCCAACUAGUGCGCUGGCAGAACAUUCGCCGUUGCUGACACCUUGCUCUUGUUCGUCUAAAAAUGGUUUCUCCUACGGGUCAAGCUUCAGCCCCUCCCGUAAACUCUGCAUCAAACACAAUAAAAAUAAGAGCGGCUCUGCGAGUGUGACUGACGCCAUCGCAUACUUUCUCAAGUUUCAAUACCUUACAGAAAUGUAUAUAUAUAUCAGAAAACGAUCUCAAAGUAAAAAAUCUAGUCAGUCUUCAAGUGUUAGUCCUAAUUCAGAACCAUACCAAAACUACCUCGAAAAUCAACCAGUUAGUGAAAAAACUGAAGUCAUCAAUAUAAAUAAUAAUUUCAUAUCAAAAAACGAAGAUAAGUACUGUUUAUACUUAGAAAAUGCCAUCUUUGGGAGUCCAGAUGUAAUGCAGAACGUGCAUAUGGAAAAUCUAAUGGUAAAAAGGAACAACAGUGGUCUGAUUAGUAAAUUAACAAACACAGGGGAGGUUAGAAGACCUUCAGAAGACAUUAUUAGGCAUAAUUUGGAGAAGGUGCAGUUUUAUGAACAGAAUCAAGCUUGUGCGUCGGUGGAAGAUAUUUUCGUAAGUUGA